AUGCGCCAGCCAUCCUCCUCUCAAAGGCGUCGGAGUAACAUGAAGAUGAGGGCAGUGGUGUUGAGUACAACCUUGUUACUCCUGUCUACCCUCCAGGAAGUAGCAGGAGUUGUGUACCCAAGUAACCACAAGCUGUUCAAAUUUGACUAUCUUUCGCCUAGUCAAGCCGUCAAAGGUAUAACACGGCCACUCACUAAGCGCGACAAAGCCAUCCCACUCAUCGUAACCAACAAUUGUCCGGAGGUAUUGUGGCCUGGAAUUGCAUCUCAGGCCGGAGAUGCCCCUGAAUCCCAUGGGUUCGAACUCGGCCCAGGAAAAUCUAAACAUCUCACUGUUGGCCCAACUUGGGCUGGAAGAGUAUGGGGCCGUACGAAUUGCACCGUCGGUGACGAUACGGCAACCUGCCAGACAGGUGAUUGUCUAGGAAAGUUAGAUUGUGUGUUCGGCGGCACUGCGCCAGCUACUUUGGCUGAGUUCAAUCUUGCUGGAGGCAUUACAGGUGACCAGACAUUCUACGACAUCUCUUUAGUCGAUGGUUACAAUUUGCCCCUGGGCAUCGUCUACCAUCCAGCGGAAAAUACGACCUUCAUCCCACCAAAUCUCGUGAACCCAACGUGCAUCGCCACUGCAGGAUUCUUGAGCGCGCCGAGUCAAACCGGAUUGACCUACACGAAUGUCACAUACCCAAUGCCCUAUCAGCCUACGCUGACGAAUCAUCAACUGAGUGAUUGGUGUCCCUGGGACCUGCAAGUCUUCCCUCCAGACAAACCAGGUGACGGCAUCUAUCCUUAUCCAGACGACAAUAUCCAGCGACCCAUUUUCGAUCCGUGUCUGAGUUCCUGCGCUUUGAACCAUAAACCCAAGGAUUGCUGCACUGGAAAGUACAAUGACCCAGAGAUCUGCAAGCCAGGCAUAUACUCCAAGUACGCGAAAUAUGUGUGCCCGGACGCCUACAGUUUCGCGUUUGACGACCAGGCUUCCACCUUCAUCAUCCCUAUGGGAGGCGGCUGGGAAGUCGUGUUUUGCCCAGAAGGCCGGAGCACUAACAUCCUCGCCACGUUCUCGGACGAACUGCACCAUAUCGCCAGCGCGGGCACCGUGACCCCCCAGAUCCUGCUCAACGCUAUGAAUGUGAGCUAUAUCGAAUCGAGGAAUAGCGUUUCGUCCCGUAUCAGGAUUCCCAGAUGGGAUGUUUGGCUCUCUUGCAUAGUGAUCGCGUGUGUUCUGUUCCCGUCUGUUUAA